AUGAACAUAAAAUAUAAUGCACCAGUCACGUUGUUACUCGGUGCCGGGAAUUCAUCGAGUAACAGUUUUUGUUCCGGCAAGCCGGAUCAUCGGUCGGAAAGCCAGAUAAUGUCGGCUCCCCAAGACCAACAAAUCGAAUUGGAGAUAACGCAAAACGAGAAGAGUCGCACAAUAUUGGCUCCGGGAGACAACUACUCUCGGCCACAAGGCUUUCCAAAAGAUGACGCAUCGAGAUUCGGGCCUUUAGUGCGGGCUACUUGUCCGAAUUCGGUGGACGAAGCCUUGGAAGUCGCUAAAGCGGUAUCAACGUCUUCUUCCAAGCCUUAUGGGCGUUAUUAG